AUGGCCGAGGCUAAUAAUGAACUCCUGAUGAAAAACAGUGAGAUGAGACCCAUCGGAACAUCAGCAUUACCAGAAGCCAAUGAGGCUGAAAAGAAAGAUCCCAAAGAGUGCAACCACGUCCAUGAUGAUAAGAGAUCACACGGCAAAUGCCGUAGUAGAAACAAAGGACGUGGCCGUGACAACUACUCAUAUGGCCGGCUAGGAAACCACAAUAACCGUGGUCGUGGUUCCAGCUAUGGCUGUGGCCGAGGCAGUUAUGGCCGUGGUCGAGGCAGCAUAUCCAAACCAUCUAACUCGACCAAAUCAGCUUGUCACAGAUGCGGGAUGAGUAACCAUUGCGCCAAGAAUUGUAGAACCCCUAAACAUCUAUGUGAGCUCUAUCAAGAGAGCCUUAACAAGAACCCGGAAGCCCAUAUGGUUCAUGAUACCGGGUAUGAUGUUGAUGAUGAUUCCGACCUUGAAAAUGACGACCUCUUGGAUUUUGAGACUUCUGAUUGUCUCAAAGACUAA